UGUAACGGGCUGACAGCUGAACAUCGGUCGGGGUUGAGGGAAAGGGGCAUGCGCCGCAUGUUCGCAUGCAGUCGCUCGGUCAACAAUCGACGCUACCUCCGUCCCCGACCAGUCGAAUGGCGGCGUACAAGCAGACCUUCAUCUUGCUUCUCCUGCUGACGUGCAUGAUUCCGGCGCUCGUACUGCGCGUGAUCGGCGAGCUGCUGUGCUGGCGAGCCGAGCGCGACCAGGCCAUCAAGCUUGACACCGCAGCCGGGAUUGUGCGCCUGACCGCAGGGCUUCUGUGCGCGGCGGCUAUCCGGCACCACGGAAAGCGGCGGCAGCGCGGGGACCGGCCGCCCCUGUGGCUGCGACUGGCCGCGCUCUUCGAGAUGAUCCUGUACGCGGUGGCGUACGUGCCGCACCUGCUGAAGACGUUCCUGCUCAACGACCAGGUCACGCUGGCCGGACUGCUCAUCCUGUGCGUCGACGUCCGCCCGGGCGGCGCCCAGGCGCUGCUCGUGCCCGUCGCGUGCAUCGUCGACUACGCCGGCGUGGUGGCGGCCAGCGGCCUGCUCUGCUGGGCGGCCCUGGAGUGUCCCCGCUCCGCUCCGCUGCUUCUAGUCUGGGCCGCCAACAGCGCGGUGGGCAUCGCGGUGGCGCUCCGGCAGGCCGUCAUGGCCGUGUCCGUGCGCGGCUUCCUCUGGGGCCUGGUGCUCUUCUCGCUGGCGCAGCUGGCUCACUGCCUGUGGAACCUGCUGCUGCUGCUGCUGGCUGACACCUCGAGGAGCGACACUCGCGUGGCGCAGCUGGGACCCGACCGCAGCCUAGCACGGGCGCCCGGAUGCAGCAGGAUGCAGGCGCUCAGGGCCCGCGCCGAGGGCUGCGUCGACCCGAGGCCCGACGCGAUGGGCUUCUUUAGGCUCGAUCGCCGUUGGCUUCUAGAACUGCUCGCCGUCACUUUCAACAUGGGCGUUGUCCUGUACCAGCUGACGAGACCUCUGUCGGAGACGGAAGCCAGGAGGGCCAACAUGCUCCGAGCUGACAGCGGCAAGCGACACUGUGGACCGCGGCUCGGGUGCGCGUUUUAA